ACUCGUCUGUCACGUGCGGCCGCAGGGCCUCCCAGCCUAGCUGAGCGCCUGGCGGGGCUGGGGGGCGGGACUCCGAGAGCUGUUGCGCCUGCGUUGUAGAUGUUCUUGGGGAGCAGCUGCCACCGUCGCUGCUACCGAGACCUCUCUUUCGGGUGUAGAAUUUGGAAUCCCAGCUCCUGCUUAACAAUGAAGCAGAGUUCGAAUGUGCCGGCUUUUCUCAGCAAGCUGUGGACUCUCGUGGAGGAAGCCCACACCAAUGAGUUUAUCACCUGGAGCCAGAAUGGUCAGAGUUUUCUGGUUUUGGAUGAACAAAGAUUUGCAAAAGAAAUUCUUCCCAAAUACUUCAAGCACAAUAACAUGGCCAGUUUUGUGAGGCAGUUGAAUAUGUAUGGUUUUCGUAAAGUUGUCCAUAUCGAUUCUGGGAUUAUAAAGCAGGAAAGGGAUGGUCCUGUUGAAUUUCAGCAUCCUUACUUUAAACAAGGCCAGGAUGACUUGUUAGAGAAUAUCAAAAGAAAGGUUUCAUCUUCAAAACCAGAAGAAAAUAAAAUUCGUCAGGAAGAUCUAACAAAAAUAAUGAGUAGUGCUCAGAAGGUUCAAAUAAAACAAGAAACUAUUGAGUCCAGGCUUUCUGAAUUAAAAAGUGAGAAUGAGUCUCUUUGGAAGGAAGUGUCAGAAUUACGAGCAAAACAUGCACAACAGCAACAAGUUAUUCGAAAGAUAGUCCAGUUUAUUGUCACAUUGGUUCAGAAUAACCAACUUGUGAGCUUAAAACGUAAAAGGCCUCUACUUCUAAAUACUAAUGGAUCCCAAAAGAAGAAUCUGUUUCAACACAUAGUCAAAGAACCAGCGGAUAAUCACCAUCACAAAGUUCCACACAGUAGGACUGAAGGUUUAAAACCAAGAGAGCGAAUUUCAGAUGACAUAAUUAUUUAUGAUGUUACUGAUGAUAAUGCAGAUGAAGAAAAUAUCCCAGUUAUUCCAGAAACAAAUGAAGAUGUUAUAUCUGACCCCUCUAGUUGUAGCCAGUAUCCUGAUAUUGUCAUUGUUGAAGAUGACAAUGAAGAUGAGUUUGCCCCUGUCAUUCAGAGUGGAGAUCAGAGUGAACCAGCCAGAGAAUCCCUAAGUUCAGGCAGUGAUAGCACCAGCCCACUCAUGUCUAGUGCUGUACAGCUAAAUGGCUCAUCCAGUCUGACCACAGAAGAUCCUGUUACCAUGAUGGAUUCCAUUUUGAAUGAUAACAUCAAUCUUUUGGGAAAAGUUGAGCUGUUGGAUUACCUUGACAGUAUUGAUUGCAGUUUAGAGGACUUCCAAGCCAUGCUAUCUGGAAGACAAUUUAGCAUAGACCCAGAUCUCCUGGUUGAUCUUUUCACUAGUUCUGUGCAGAUGAAUCCCACAGAUUACAUCAAUAACACAAAAUCAGAGAAUAAAGGAUUAGAAACUACCAAGAACAAUGUAGUUCAACCAGUUUCAGAAGAAGGAAGAAAAUCUAAACCAAAACCAGAUAAGCAACUUAUCCAAUACACUGCCUUUCCACUUCUCGCAUUCCUUGAUGGGAACCCUGCUUCUACUGUUGAACAGGGGAGUACAACAUCAUCAGAAGUUAUGUCUUCUGUAGAUAAACCCAUAGAGGUUGAUGAGCUUCUGGAUAGCAGCCUGGAUCCAGAACCAACCCAAAGUAAGCUUGUUCGCCUGGAGCCACUGACUGAAGCGGAAGCUAGUGAAACCACACUGUUUUAUUUAUGUGAACUUGCUCCUGCACCUUUGGAUAGUGACAUGCCACUUUUAGAUAGCUAAAUCCCCAAGAAGUGGACUCUGUGUAUAUAUUCAUCAAAAUGAUGAAUUAUUUAUUUAAAAGUAUCAUUUGGUACUUUUUUUGUAAAUUGUUUUGUUUUGUUUAAUCAAAUACUGUGGAAUCUAAAGUACCUUUUACUUUCUCACUAACCACACACUUUUGCAAAGCUCUCAGAUGUUACUUACUCAGCUGCAUAAGUACACAAGAUUCAGUGCACAUUAUCGACACAUCGUUUAAGUUGAAUUUUCAUGGCCACUUUUCUCCAUUUGGAGUAAAUUGAAUUUCUUUUUUACAUAUAAACCCAUUAACCCGUUAAACUUUUGUUUGUUUUACUUGUUUGCUAUGUCUGAUUGCAUUGAGUGUAAGUCAUUAUAGCUAAUGGUAGAACCCUUCAAGCUUUCUCUGUUCUAGUUACUUUCAUUAAAUAUUUUUCACUUUGCUUAUUUUUAAAACUGGGAACAUAAAGUGCCUGUAUCUCGUAAAACUUCGUAUGUCUUUCUUGAUUGAGAGAAGUUCAUUUAUGUUCAGAGAAGUUCAUUCAUGUUCAACAGGAAAGGCAAAGUGUACAUGAGUGCUCGCUGUCUGAUAUGGUUCCAGCUUCAUAUGCAUGGAAGAAAGAAGGGAUGGGAUGGAGUCAACCCACCCAACUCAGUUGGAUUAGUUUUAAGUAAACAUUUAUGGUUUGUUUGUGUUUUAUUGAACCCAUACUAUUUAGUAAAAUAAAUAUAAUGAAUGUUGAGUA